AUGUCUCUGUCUGACAUUUCAGAUAAUCUUGGUGAGGGGGAGGCAGAAGUGGUUCGUGUGGAUGGUGAGUGGGAACUUGUGCCUACCUGUGAGGUAGACGAUGUGGAUGUGUUUGAGAAAGAUGAAGAAUAUUGCGAGGAUGCUGCUCCAGGUGGUAUUGGCGACCAAAGCAUGGUGGACGAAUCUGGUACUUGCAUGAUUUGUUUCGAGUCGUGGACCACAUCGGGCCCCCAUCGUAUUUGCUGUCUUCGCUGUGGACACUUAUUUGGCAGGAGUUGUGUAAUAAAGUGGCUGAACAUGCAAGGUGCCAAGGCUGGCAAGUGUCCUCAGUGCAAUGCGAAGGCACAGACGAGGGACAUUCGGGUGUUGUUUUGUAAGAAGAUAACGGCCGUAGAUACGACGGACAGGGAUAGAGCGCUGCAUGACUUGGAGGUUGAGAGGAAGCUGCGGAAGAAGGCGGAAUUGGAGUUGUCGGAGUGCAAGUUCAAGCUUCAGUUAGCGUCGUGUGAUGCGGAGCAGCUUCGUGCUGAACUAACUGAUCUCAGGACCAUUGUCGCAGGUUUUAAAUCUGUGGCGAGGUCAUCAGUCAGCACGACGGAGUCAAAGAAGUUAGGAGAGGGCAACUCGGACGUCGGUGGAUAUGGUUUGGAGAAGUGUAUUUCGAUGUCGGCGGUGCAUAGCGGUGAAAUGCGACCACUGAAAUACAUCCACCUUCACCCGCAGCCGAUUCGCGACCUGGCCUUCCAUCCGGACCAGCAAGAUGCCAUAGUUGCCUCCGCCAGCUUAGACAAGUCACUGAAGCUCACCAGUCUGCUCGUUGAUCAGGUCGUUCAGACGUACUCGUGCCCAGCACCGGUUUGGAGUUGCUGUUGGGCCUCGCCAAGUCCCAAUUAUCUGUUCGCGGGCUGUGCAAACGGCACCGUUCUCCUGUUCGACAUCAGGGUCACAUCAAGAGAGGUGUCUGUGAUCAGCAUAUGUGAGUCGAGCUCGGCACCUGUCACCGCCCUGCAGUACAUCCCACCAGAGCACGAGAAGUCAGGCUUCUAUCCGGGUGGACUGUUGGCUGGACAGUUGACGCAGGUAACAUUUCUGGAGGAGGAGGCGGAGGGAAUGGUGAAUCGUGGUGCUGGUGAGGAGGUCGCCUUCAGGGCCCACCCACUGCCACUGGAAGGCAGUCUGGUGUCGUUGUCGUGCUUGGGCACUCGGCGAAGUCUCUUCCUCGCCUCGUAUCGACCGUCGACGCGUGUGCCCCGAGUACGGCACCUGUUCUCGGAGCUGACAGUGACACGAAGUGGCGCAGACCACCCCUGUUCGUGCGAUUGCAAGGAGAUAGUGAGCCUGUUCGGUGGCACGCAGAUGCGCAUGCUCUCGCGAGCCCGUGUGUUCCACCAGGAACAAUCGAAUCAAAUUCUGGCGGUGGCAGGAGAUGAUGACACGGGAGGGGCACUUGUGUGGAGUUGUGAGACAGGAUCUCGUCUUCAGACUCUCCACUUGCCUACUGUGUGUCCAUCGCCUGGUCCCGUGAUCGACGUGUGUGCUUUCAACAAUGGACAGCAUCUUGCUCUGCUCACUGAUCAUGUGGUGAAUGUAUUUCGAUGGUCGCAGUCCUCCACGGGUGCCACGGGGGACUCCGGGAUUGCCGUUGUUGAGUGCGGUGGGUAG